UAUUUUUAAUGAAACCCACUCCUCUCUCUCUCUCUCUCUGUUUGUUUCAUCAAUGGAAUUUUUGCGGGACGGUGGGAUCCGCGUUUCUCGAUCGCAGCGACAAUCAAUUGUUUCCCAUUCUCUUCUUCUCUGCCUGUAAUCUCCACUGCUGCGGAUAAAUUCCUUUGUUUUCUCUGUCACUAGUUAUAUGUAAUCUGAAAAUUUUUGAAGAAUUAGAGGUGUUGGUGGGAAGUAUUUUAGGAGGUAGUUAAGCUGUCUGUGUUUGGAUUUUUGAGUGCGUGAAUGAUGAUGACUGCGAAGGAUCAUCAAACGAUCCCGCUUGCUGUUCUGCUAAAGCGAGAAUUGGCAAAUGAGAGGAUUGAGAAACCUGAGAUAUCGCAUGGGCAGGCUAGUCAGAGUAAGAAAGGGGAGGACUUCACGUUGCUCAAGACCGAAUGCCAAAGGGUUGUUGGCGACGGAAAUACAUAUUCAGUUUUUGGGUUAUUUGAUGGACACAACGGGUCUGCAGCUGCAAUAUACACAAAAGAGAAUCUUCUAAAUAAUGUCACAAAUGCCAUUCCACCUGAUCUUAACAGAGAUGAAUGGGUAGCAGCGUUGCCAAGGGCUUUGGUUGCUGGCUUUGUGAAAACAGAUAAAGAGUUCGAAUCAAAAGCACAAACAUCAGGAACUACUGUGACCUUUGUGAUAAUUGAAGGAUGGGUUGUCACUGUUGCAUCUGUUGGAGAUUCUCGCUGCAUUCUUGAAUCUGCUGAAGGAGAUAUCUAUUACUUGUCAGCAGAUCAUAGGCUUGAAUGCAACGAGGAAGAGAGGGAGCGUAUUACUGCUAGUGGAGGUGAGGUGGGUCGACUUAAUACUGGCAGUGGUGCAGAGAUUGAAGUAGGUUGUCUAAUUAAUGUGGCAAUUACUCCUGUAGAUUGGCCCUUUGAGAUGUUGGCCUGGUGGCUUGUGCCUUUCACGAUCUAUUGGAGAUGUAGAUGUAGGCGAAUUCAUUGUUCCUGUUCCUUAUGUGAAGCAAGUCAAGGGGGUGGUAGGCUUAUUAUCUCAAGCGAUGGUGUUUGGGACACUAUAUCUGCUGAAGUGGCUCUUGAUUGUUGUCGUGGGAUGCCUGCAGAAGCUGCUGCUGCACAAAUUGUCAGAGAAGCCGUACGCAUGAAGGGACUUAGAGAUGAUACAACUUGCAUUGUUAUUGAUAUAUCACAACCAGAGAAGCUGCCUGCUCCUUUGCCAGGUCCAAAGAAGCAUCAUGUAAAGGGAGUGUUCAAGUCCAUGUUUCGCAGAAAACACUCUGAAUCGUCCUCUCAAGCUGAUAAAGCAUAUGUUAGGCCGGACGUGGUAGAGGAAUUAUAUGAGGAAGGAUCAGCCAUGCUUUCUGAGAGGUUAGAUACAAAGUAUCCACUUUGCAACAUGUUUAAGUUGUUCAUGUGCGCAGUCUGUCAAGUAGAGAUGAAACCUGAAGAGGGUAUUUCAAUACAUGCUGGCUCAACUAAUUCAAGAAAACCGCGUCCCUGGGAUGGUCCCUUCCUUUGCUUAAGUUGUCAGGAGAAGAAAGAAGCCAUGGAAGGGAAAAGAAUAUCAGGAGAUAGACAUAGUAGCGAAAGUGACUAGCUUGCCAUUCCCACUUUUGUGUUUCUCAAGCACUAACAAUUGUUUCAAAGUUUAACAUAGACGGGAAGAUGGAAAAUUCCUGCAAUCUUGGGGAGUUCAGAGCCAUUUGUGUUUAAGCUUGCUUUUGAAUCUCUCCCAACUGCUUCCUUCCAUCAAGUCAGAAGAUCAGAGCUAGAGCCGUAUGCAAUUGGAUAAAACUGUUUGUGGCUCAAUGAGUAAUAACAGUUUUGGCUGCCACCUUUGAAGACUCAUGGAAGACUUUGAUAAAGCUUGCAAGUGCAUAGUGACACGUCAGAGGUUAUUUGUUUUCCCAUAUGAAUCAAUUAUCAAUUCUUGUCCAAUUCGUAGAGCUAACAUACAAAUGAUAAUGGCCUUCAUGUGUAAUAUUGUUAUAUAGGGAGUUUGACUUUACACAAUAUACCAAUUCAUUCAAAAUUGAGGCAAAACAUGUGUUAUCAGCCUGCUUUAUGAAUUUUGUUCAUGUAGUAUUAUACUGAACCUGUAUUUUGUGAAUCAGAAAUGUGAACUUAGGAAAUAGAAACGUUGGCUCUAUUCAUUAAUUUCCCCUUCCCUUUGAUGCAAUAUAUGAAGCUUUGUUAUUUCAUUCAA